AUGUCAACCACCAGAACUCUCCUCGCGCUGGCGGCACUCGCACCAGCAGUCUUCUCGGCACCACUUGCUUCUCGCCAAGCGCCUUCUGGAGUUCCAGCCUAUGUCCUCACAUACGCUCCGAUUGUCUACCUUGACUCCAGCGACCCAUACUUCCCAUCUGAUAUCGGCGCCCAGCUCAGCCACACCCAGCCAGAAGUGAACUUCGCCACUGUCUCUGGAGCUCCCAACCCUCUGACGUUGAACAACUUGAACACCCUCAAUAACCUAGGCGGUACAAAUGUCUACCUUACGUCCAAAGACGACAUCAGCAAAAAUCCAUCCUGGCUCAAUGGUGUUAAGCCCGAUGCGAGCGGGAAGACCAAUGGAGCCGUAUCCUGUGCGAUCAUUGUCAAUGAUCACGGCUCUGGAUUAGUAGAUGCUUUCUACAUGUACUUCUACGCUUUUAACUAUGGCGGCGACUACUUCAGCUUCAUCAUCGGCGACCAUGUGGGUGAUUGGGAGCACAAUAUGAUCCGAUUCCAGAACGGGAUGCCGCAAGCUAUCUGGUACAGUCAGCAUGCGAAUGGCGAGGCGUUCACGUAUGCGACUGUGCAGAAGAGUGGUGUGAGGCCAAUCGUCUUCUCCGCCAAUGGUAGCCACGCAAACUAUGCGAUCACCGGAACCCACGACCACACGAUCCCCAACGUCAAUCUGCCGGAAGGGCCGGUCGAGGACCACACCGACAAAGGAUCAAUGUGGGAUCCCACUCUCUCGGCCUACUACUACAGCUACAAUGCCGGUAGCAACACCUUCGCGGCUUAUGACAGUAGCACACCAGUGAACUGGUUGUACUUCAAUGGCCACUGGGGCGACCAGCAGUAUCCCAAUUCUGAUCCGAGACAGACGACGAUUUUCGGCAUUAGCGGGACGCAGAAGUACCAAGGUGGACCAACGGGGCCAGAGGACAAGCAGUUGAAUCGGACGAAUGUUUGUCCUGAUAACGGCGAUACGUGUAUUGUGCGUACUAUUCUUGGUCCGUAG